UAGGAUUCUCCAUGUUUACUACUUUAUAAAGCCUCUCCUCCUCCACCUGAAGCUCACUGGUUUUGCCUUAUUAUAAGUAUAUGCGUGUCUAAGUUUUCCUUCUCCUCUCUCUCUCUCUCUCUCUCUCUCUCUCUCUCUCUCUGCGUCUAUCUUGCUGGGCUUGGAGGAGAAACUGUGUGAAUUGGAGUUAGGCCGGAAGAUAUGGGGAGAGCUCCAUGCUGUGACAAAGCAAACGUGAAAAGGGGUCCAUGGUCUCCUGAAGAAGAUGCCACUCUCAAACGCUACUUUGAGACUCAUGGCACUGGUGGUAACUGGAUUGCCUUGCCCAAGAAAGCUGGCCUCAAGCGAUGUGGCAAGAGUUGCCGUUUACGGUGGCUCAAUUAUCUCAGGCCAGACAUCAAACAUGGAGGUUUUACUGAAGAGGAAGAUAAAAUCAUAUUCACUCUCUAUAGUCAAAUGGGAAGCAGAUGGUCUCUCAUAGCCUCUCACCUACCAGGAAGAACCGAUAAUGAUGUGAAAAAUUAUUGGAACACCAAAUUAAAGAAGAAGCUAUUGCUUGGAGGAAAAACAAGCCUAGCAAUCAAGAACAAUACAGAGAUUAUUGCUCCUUCUGAUAAUUCUAAUUCUACUGCUCCUUCCUUCACGCCUUCACUGCCUCGUGUCUUCCCACAGACUGAAACUAACAGCAGCCUCACCUUCUGGGACUCGUUAACUCAAAGUUCAGUAACAUUGCCCAUUUCCUCUGAUGCUGGUUAUGAUCAACAUCUUCUCAAUACUGCUCAAAGCUUGAGUCUAGACCCAGUUGAUCAAUUUUCUUAUACUGCUGGAGUCAUGGAUAAUGUAUCUGAAUUGGGUUCUAAUUUGAUAAAUAAUCACAAUAUUGUUUCAUGUUCUCAAGAAGGUUCAGGCAUUUCAGAUUCAUCUUCAAUUUCUAUGGAUCACAAUAACAAGUGUCUCUCAAUGCCUGAUGGGGUAUUAAUGGAUUCUGGAUUCGGAUAUCAUUAUGAUCCUGCUACUGCCCUCCUGUUUGAAGACAAUGCUGGUGAAGUUGCUUCAACUUGCUGCCCAAAUUUAGCUGGUUUUGGGUAUGCUGACAUUAAGCAUCAACAAGGAUAUAACCAAAAUGCUAUUAACCAAUAUUGACAAAGAGAAAGGCUUUUUCCUUUCACAUGUAUAUAUAUGACUUGGACCUUAAAUAGGCUCUGAUGAUGAUAACAAGCAUCACUCUCAAGUAACUGUAGCUUAGUAGAUUUUAGGCAAAAGCUUUUGUUCUGUGCAUUUGGACAACCCUUUCAGCAAGCUCUAGCUAGCUAAUAGGAACCACCUAUAUAUAUAUACAUAUAUCUCUCUAUCUAUGAGAUGUAAUACUAGAAAUAUAGCUAGUAGCUAGCUAGUGGGAUCAUGAAUCAUGACUUGUGAUUUUAUUGUUUGAACUUAGAUUUUUCUAUAUAGAUAUAUAUCUUUGAAUUGGUA